AUUUCUACGUUUAAAAGCGACAGUCAAAAACGAGGCACACGCAUUAAGUACCAGGCAUUAUAUAAUAAAUCUCCCUACAAGUGUUACAAUAGACCCACAGCCAAAACAGCUGAACUAACAACAAGAGUUGGUCAACGAAAUAGCCGGUUUUGAGUGAGAGAGCCGCUUCUAUUCACUGACGUGUCAUUCAACUCGAUCGAGAAAUUGUGGAGACGAGAACUUCAGAGCAUUUCAGACUACCAGAGAGUCCAGAACUGAGUGAGUUGGCCAAAGCAGCCAAACAAUUUCAGCUGAGCGAAGCGUAAACUGGCCCAAAACUCGAACUCGAAUACAACUUUACCGCUCUUCUCGCGCUCGUUUUUAGCCAGUUUGCGCUGACAAACGGCAAGAGUAGGGUCAAGUUCAGAAGUCUCUGGUUUUUGCCACGAAGAUGAUGCAUAUUUUGGUGACUCUGCUCCUGGUCGCUAUCCACUCGAUACCCACCACCUGGGCCGUCACCUGCACGGGCUGCGUGGAUCUGGAUGAGCUGAGUUUCGAGAAGACGGUGGAACGAUUUCCCUACUCCGUAGUGAAAUUUGAUAUCGCAUAUCCGUAUGGGGAAAAGCAUGAGGCCUUUACCGCCUUCUCCAAAUCUGCCCACAAGGCAACUAAAGAUCUGCUAAUAGCCACCGUGGGUGUCAAGGACUAUGGAGAACUGGAGAACAAGGCCCUGGGCGACCGUUACAAAGUCGACGACAAGAACUUCCCGAGUAUCUUCCUGUUCAAGGGCAACGCUGAUGAGUACGUCCAGCUUCCUAGCCACGUCGACGUAACGCUGGACAAUCUGAAGGCUUUUGUCAGUGCCAACACACCUCUGUACAUCGGUCGUGAUGGCUGCAUCAAAGAGUUCAACGAAGUGCUCAAGAACUAUGCCAAUAUCCCCGAUGCAGAGCAACUGAAGCUUAUCGAAAAGCUGCAGGCCAAGCAGGAGCAGCUGACCGAUCCCGAGCAGCAGCAGAACGCCAGGGCCUAUCUGAUCUACAUGCGGAAGAUCCACGAGGUGGGCUACGAUUUCCUGGAGGAGGAGACCAAGCGACUCCUGCGCCUCAAGGCCGGCAAGGUCACCGAGGCCAAGAAGGAGGAGCUGCUGAGGAAACUGAACAUCCUGGAAGUCUUCAGGGUUCACAAGGUCACCAAGACAGCGCCGGAAAAGGAGGAACUGUGAACUUGUUAGAUCUUUAAACAAAAUUAUGAAUACUUUAUGAUAUUUAUAAAUGUCGGAUCUCGACAGAAACAUGUGAAUGUACAAUUUAUACGAAUUAUAAGUCUAUCAUCCAAAU